AUGCCAGGUCCAGAUAAAUCCGGAAAGUCUUCUGCCUCAUCAACAGGGAUGCCGUUCAUUAUCUCGUCGAGCAUUGAGAAAACCGAUCCAGCCACUAGGAAGCUAAUUAGAAGCUACGCAAGACGGGGGAAAACACGAAAAGGGGUUCGCCCUGCCGUAGACCAACGACCAGCUAGUAGGACGACAACAGUUAUCCGUGGUCGGUCAGAGCCACUAAAACUAGAAGAAGUCGUUGAAGUUUAUACCCCAUUAAUUCCGGGUCGGAUUGGGUUAAACCUCUAUUUCGUCAACUUUUCCGACGAUGUAGAGCCUUUGACGCUUUUCAACAUGGCAAAAGUUACGACAGUAUCGAGGAAAGUUACAUUCCCCUUACGAGCAGCGGUUAGCUUCGAAGGGGACAAUGAAGGAUGGAACUCCCCAUUCGGACGAGACGCCGUUGCUCUCCACAUAAUGGCUUUUGCCGUACAAGGCUUCAUUGACAGAGUCCUACGCCGCCAAGAAAAUCUUAACCCAGUAGCCAUACUACAUCUCCAGAAGGGACUAAGGCUUCUUCGCGAAAGGCUACUGGGGAACGAUGAAACGAAGAUUUCGGACUCGACAAUGAGUGUGGUCUUGAAACUAGCGAGCGUAGCACAGUUCGACGGAGACUAUGAGACCUCGAAGAAACAUAUGGAAGGUCUUCGCAAAAUGGUCGACUUAAGGGGAGGCCUCGACGUUUUCGAAGGAACACCGUUACUGCUAGAGAUGUUAAGGUGUGACCUAGGGGUCGCAUUACUCAAUGGAUCACGCCCUAUAUUUUUCAUCCAGCCUUCUGAGCCGAUGCCUGAAUACCCCGAGAAACUGAUGCCGGCUGUUAUUGGUGGGACAUCAGCCCAAGACGAUAUGAAACUAGUUCGAAUCACCGAUGAUGAGCUAGCGACGGCUUGGGCGGUCUUGAGAAGAUUCUGUUUGUUCGUCGAUCUCGGGACCCAAACUCAACGGACAAUCCGCUCAGAUAUUAUCUACGAAACAAUGACUGCGGUGACAUAUCGCCUGUUACACAUGAGCUUCUCCUCCGGUUCGAUCGAUGAAGCCGUACGACAAGGCCUUUUGGCCUUUUGCUACCACAUCUUCUUGCAGUGGCAAGACAUUAAACCACUGUACUGUGACUUGGCUACCGCAUACCGAUGCUGGAUUCUUAACCUCAAGAGCCCUGAUGUGGUUUCUUCUCAGCUCAUGCUCUGGCUGUUGAUGAUCGGAGCGGUCUCAAUCUUCAAUAUAUCAGACGAGUUGUGGCUAAGGAAACAUAUAGAAGAACACGUGGGCAGAUGCCAGAUUAAAAUAUGGAGAGAAAUGCAAGAUGUACUGAGGUCAUUUAUGUGGAUUGCAGUGCUAGAUGAACAACCGGGGAGAGAUGUCUAUAAUUCUCUAUUUAAAUGA